CCCUGUCUGUAGUUAGCGUAGAUUUUUAUGGUGCAAAAUAUUUUAUGACUCGUAAAAUAUUGACUCACUAAAUUUUUCAGAGCAGAAAAAUAACUCUGACUUUCAUAAAAUUAUCAUAAUUGAUGAACCAGCCAGUUUCAUCAUUAUCAACAAUUAUUACUAAGGAUGACUACUAUCAAAACAGUGUAUGUCAUUGAUGUGGAAAGUGGUAACUUACAAUCAUUAUCCAAUGCCAUCAAAUACAUUGGUGGCUAUGAUAUAAAGUUCAUUCAAAAUGAAGAAGACUUCAAACAAUUUGAUUCAAAAAUUGAAAAAUUGAUCUUUCCAGGGGUAGGGAAUUUCGGUCAUUUUGUGAAGCAAUUACAUGAUAGAAACUUAGUUCAACCUAUUAAUGAUUAUAUCAAAAGUGGAAGAUCCUUGAUGGGUAUUUGUGUUGGGUUACAAUCAUUAUUUAAAUCAUCAGAAGAAAAUCAAUUUGCAGUAGAUGGAUUAGAUUUAUUAUCAGUUAAUUUAAAUAAGUUUAAUGUUGAUGAUCCAAUCUUUAAAGCUAUAAACUUAAAGAAAUCAGUUCCAUCUAUUGGUUGGAAUCAUGUUAGUGAGAUUAAAAUCGGUAAAGACGAAGAUCUCGAUUCAUCAAAGACACUUUAUGGAAUAAAUCUUGUUAAUAAAUAUUAUUUCGUUCAUUCUUAUGCUGCCAUUUUAAAUGAAGAAAAUACAAAAGCAGUAGAUGAAGCUAUUGUAAAAGGAUGGGAAUUUUCAUUUGCAACUUAUGGUUCAGAAUCAUUUAUUGCUGCUGCUUCAUACAAGAAUUUCUUUGCAACUCAAUUUCAUCCUGAAAAAUCAGGUAUUGCUGGUAUAAGAGUUCUUAAGAAUUUCCUUGAUGGGAAUAAGUAUGCCAAAAAUGAAAUUAAUAUCGAUCGUAAUUCAUCUAUAGAAAAGACAUUGUCUGGAUUAAGUAGAAGAAUCAUUGCUUGUUUGGAUGUUAGAUCAAAUGAUAAUGGAGAUUUAGUAGUUACUAAAGGUGAUCAAUAUAAUGUUAGAGAAUCUAAUACUGAAGGAGAAGGUGAAAUUAGAAACUUGGGUAAACCAGUGGAAUUAGCUACUAGAUAUUAUAGACAAGGGGCUGAUGAAGUGACGUUUUUGAAUAUUACUUCAUUUAGAAACUCUCCUAUUAAUGAUCUUCCUAUGUUAAAAGUAUUAACCAAAGCUGCAGAAACUAUUUUCGUCCCAUUAACUGUUGGAGGUGGGAUUAAAGAUCUUGUUGAUCCUGUUUCAGGAGAAUUAGUACCGGCUGUUAAAGUGGCUGAUUUAUAUUUCCGUUCUGGAGCUGAUAAAGUAAGUAUAGGUUCUGAUGCUGUUACUAUUGCUGAGAAAUAUUAUGCUGAUAAUAAACAAAAGACCGGUAAAAGUUCAAUUGAAACUAUAUCUGCUACUUUUGGGGUUCAAGCAGUAGUCAUAUCGGUUGAUCCAAAAAGAAAAUACGUUACAUCACCAAAAGAUACUACUAUGUCAGUGAUUGAAAUUAAAGAUCCUGCCAAGUAUGGACCAAAUGGAGAAAAAUACUGUUAUUAUCAAGUGACAUCUCAAGGAGGUAGAAAAGUUCAUGAAUUAGGAGCUUUAGAAUUAUGUCAAGCUUGUGAAGCCUUAGGAGCUGGUGAAGUAUUAUUGAAUUCCAUCGAUCAUGAUGGAUCCAAUAAAGGAUAUAACUUGGAGCUUUUACAACAAAUAAAAUCAAAUGUAUCAAUCCCCGUCAUUGCUUCUUCUGGAGCUGGUAAACCAGAACAUUUCCAAGAAGUGUUUGAAAUGGAAUGUGGUAUUGAUGCUGCCUUAGGAGCUGGUUUAUUCCAUAGAGGAGAGUACGAAGUUAAUGAUGUUAAGAAGUUUUUAUUAAACAAUGCUAAUAUGGAUGUUAGAUUGGAAACUGAUGUAGAGUUGUAAGUAUAUAAUAAUAAUAAUACAUUUAGACUAUAUUGUAUAAUUUAAAAUACUGCAAAUUUUAUGACGUAGUGAGAGGGGUCUGAGCGUAUAGCAAGAAAAAUUAAACCGUAAAAAAAAAUCUUAAAAUUUGUGCCUAGCCCCUAUCUGGCAGCAGAGAUUAAUUACAGCAACCAGAUCAACAUCAACGUCAAGAUCAUGACUUCAUUCUAAGAGCAUCAUGUAUAAGAAUAGAAACGUAUCGGACCCCAGCAUAAGUCUGAAUGAUGCUGAUGAUGGUUCAAGCCAGGUCCUUACUCCGG